AUGACGGAGCAGCAGCUGCCCGCCGCGGCCACCGCCGACGACCUGUGGUGGACGGAGCGCGUGCUGGCCGACGCGCAGGCCGAGCACCCGGGCGAGCUGGUGCGCACCGGCAGCCCCAACCUGCUCUGCACCGCGCUGCCCAACCACUGGCGCUCCAACAAGACGCUGCCCGUCGCCUUCAAGGUGGUCGCCCUCGGCGACGUCGUCGACGGCACCGUCGUCACGGUGCGCGCCGGCAACGACGACAACUUCUGCGCCGAGCUGCGCAACUGCACCGCCGUCAUGAAGAACCAGGUGGCCAAGUUCAACGACCUGCGCUUCGUCGGCCGCAGCGGCAGGGGGAAGAGCUUCAGCCUGACCAUCACGGUGAACACGACGCCGCCGCAAGUGGCCGUGUACAGCAAGGCCAUCAAGGUGACCGUGGACGGGCCGCGCGAGCCGCGAUCCAAGACCCUCGCUGGUGCGCUUGAAAAGAACUUUUGGAGUUACGGGCAACAGCAGCAGAUCCGCGCCAUCGCGUUCGGCCAGCGGCCCUUCCUCGAUGCGACGCCCUUCAACCACUUGCGGGACCUGGAGUAUCGGCGCAAGAGCGGAGACUCCUCAUCGUCCUCGUCGACCGGGUUCAAGGUGCCCGAGCCGUCCACGCCGCUGCAAGACACGACCAAUACUGGGGGCGGCGUGGGCGGAUCGUGCUCGGCAGCGGAGGCGGUGGGCGGCGGCGGGGCCAUGGCGGCGCCGUGGGGCGGCUACGGCUGUUCCUCUACGUACGCCAGCUACUCGCCCCUGCAGCCCACCUUCUCCUACUCUGGAGCCGACAUCGCUUCAGCCUCCGACCCUUCUGGAAUCAGCCACUUACCCACAGUCUUGCCGGACCACGCGGCAGCGAGCGGCGGCGCCGGCAGCAGCAGCGGCGCCAGCGGCGAGUACGGCAGUAUGUUCUCCAAGAGCCCG